CUUUUUUUUUUGUUUUCACUUUUUUUCCUGCUACCCCUCAUUGAGCCACUUGAGCCUGGAGCAGAUGGAAAGACUGUAGUGGGGGGAAAGUAAGCGAGUAGCAGAGAGAGAGAGAAUUGGAAGAAGCCAUGCAGUCAGUGAGGCAGACCAGCGACAAUGCUUGACGAACUGAACCAGUGAUCAUCAGACAGCCUUUCUUCCACUUUGACUGAGCUCCUGAGGGAACAAGAAAUCAGACAGGACAGCCCAGAGGGGAAACAUCGACUCAUCGAUAAAGCAGAGACGGGCUAAACGAUCCCAGGACGUGGGGAUAGAAAGAAAGACAGACUUAGAAACAAGGAGAGAGAUUUCUACAGAUGAGAGCUGAAGCAGAGGGGUAGAAGGAGAUGCUCAGUGGGAAAGGACAGUGAAGAGAAGAGUGAAACAAGUAACAGGAUUACUGCAAGUGGGUCCAUCUAAGCAAAAGCUGCUGCAAGUAAAGCAGAGACAGACAAAGGUCAGAUAGAGUCAGAAAGACAGAACUAGACAACGAUGGCCAACUCAGGUCUCCAGUUGUUGGGUUAUUUCCUGGCGCUGGGCGGCUGGAUCGGCAUCAUCUCCACCACCGCCUUACCCCAGUGGAAGCAGUCGUCAUACGCCGGCGAUGCCAUCAUCACGGCCGUGGGUCUGUACGAGGGGCUGUGGAUGAGCUGCGCCUCGCAGAGUACAGGACAGGUGCAGUGCAAGAUCUUUGACUCCAUGCUCUCGCUGGACAUCCACAUCCAGACAUGUCGGGCCCUCAUGGUGGUGUCAGUGCUGCUGGGCUUUAUCGGCAUCAUCGUCAGCGUGGUGGGCAUGAAGUGCACCAAGGUGGGAGAUAACAACCCAGCCACCAAGACUCGCAUCGCAGUGACCGGAGGCGCUCUCUUCCUGCUCGCAGGUCUGUGUACUCUGGUGUCUGUGUCCUGGUAUGCCACUCAGGUGUCCUAUCUGUUCUUCAACCCAAAUACACCGCCCAACGCCAGGUAUGAGUUCGGCUCAGCCCUGUUCGUGGGCUGGGCGGCAGCCAGUCUGACGGCACUGGGCGGCUCCUUGCUGUGCUGCUCCUGCUCCAAAGACAUGCGAGGACAGCAAUAUUACCGCCAAUCACAGCCUUCCACAACCAGGGAACCAAAUGUUAAAAGUACCCCACCAGAGAAAAGGGAGCAGUACUUGUAGUUUGGGAGAGUCUUCUGGCCUUUCCAUGGUUUAGAUACUGUCAACAGACAAAACCCUCUCACUGAGGUAUUCAAAACAGACAACACCCAAGUAUAUUCAAGUAUAUUGUGGCAACAUUAACUUUAGUCUUUGUUGAAGUAAAAUAAAAUGUUUUGAGAGGUUUAAAUGAAAUAGUUGUUUCAGAGGGAAUAAAAAAGAUGAUAUCCUUGUUUUGUCUGUUUUGCUGACUUUGGGAGAGAGAGCAUUCAGGGUAUGUUUUCUAUAAUAUGUUAAAAUGCCCAGGUGUAUAUACCACCUAUUCUAUUCUUCCUUCUUUUUUUUUACAACAUAUAUAAUGUUUUACUACAGUGCCUUAUAACACAUGUUUGUGCACUUGUAUGUUUGGAUUCUUCAUAGUCUCCCAUCCCAUCUGAGGGAUGUGUAUCCAUAGCUCCUCUGCCAACAGAUCUGUACACUUUUUUUCUGUUGUUGGAUUUCUGAAAAUGAAUGUGAAGCUACCAUAAAAUACCACUGAUGAAACAACAAUGACAUACAUUGCUAUAGAUAAGGCCUUGUUCACUGUUUGUAAGAAGCUUUGUGCCUGUUUCCAACUAGCCUGGAAUGAGGAUAUAUAUCAAGCACAUUCAUUUUGUUUUGUUAAGUGCCAAUAUGAUUUUGUGUGAAUGGCGGAGUCGUUGUAUUUUUGGCUCAAGAGGAUAUACUGUACUGUGUGCUGUCUCCUGUACUAAGGAACGCCAGUUUGCUGAGUGUUCAAAUACCCUUCUGAUGCCUGCAUUUAUUUACCAUGCCAUUCCUGUCUCUAAUAUUUACCUCCUCCAUGUUGUGUAUUAUCUCAUUUACAGUAUUCCCCUGUCUGUUUCUUUUAGAAUAAAGCAAACAGCGAUUAAAAAAAAAA